AGAAAUGAAACGGUGGCCUUAGAUGUGUGUUUUGGAUCAUUAUUAUGUUGGAAAACAUCUUCUUUCAAUACAGAGCAGUACAUCUGUGAGUUUAUGAUACAAUCAAUGAAAUGCAGCUACCUGACACCAGCAGCACUGCCACCACCAUGCAUUUUUCUCUGUACUUCUACCUUUGUGACACCAUACAGUUUUGAAGCCAUCCAUUCCAAAAAUAUUUAUCUUGCUCUCAUCACUCCAGAGUAC